CGCCCAAUGAUAAUCCACGGACAACAAACGCCCACGCAUCUGAAAGCUUCCUCGAAAAUAAAACCCCCAGUCCGAUUCAUUCAACAAAGUCGCAGGAAGAUUCAGAUUUCCUUCCUCCUGUGAUGGAGGGUUCAGGCCGCUUUCAUUGACAGCUGCUGGCUUCAGCAGUAGUCACCUGCAGCAGCUCCCUGACAGGAUUCAACAUGCUGCAAAAGAACUUUAAGGCAUGGAGUAACGGCUCUGAGGCCUACAGCAGUGAUCCAGAGGAGGAUGAGGAGGAGGAAGAAGACAUGGUGUUCGGCGAAAGUGACCAGGAUGGCAUGGCGGAGGAGAUGAUGGACUUGAGUGACCUUCCCACAGCACUCUUUGCAUGCAGCGUCCACGACGCUGUGUUUGAGCAGGACAUCCACAGGGAGAGGUUUGAGGCGCUGUUCAGGAUCUACGAUGACCAGGUCACCUUCCAGUUGUUCAAAAGCUUCAGGAGAGUCCGGAUCAACUUCAGCACCCCAGAGGCAGCUGCCCGCGCCCGCAUCGAGCUGCACGAGUCCGAGUUCAACGGCGAGAAGCUAAAACUGUACUUUGCUCAAAUCCAGAACGGCGAGGAGGAUAUCGACAAGUCGUACCUGGCACCUCCCCAACCAGUCAAACAGUUUCUGAUCUCGCCACCCGCCUCCCCGCCUGUGGGCUGGAGUCAGAGCGAAGAUGCCACGCCCGUUAUCAACUAUGACCUGCUCUGCGCUGUGGCUAAGCUAGGGCCUGGUGAAAAGUAUGAGCUCCACGCUGGAACAGAGUCCACCCCCAGCGUGGUCGUUCACGUGUGCGAGAGUGAGACGGAGGAGGACGAGGCGGUGCGGCCAAAGCAGCAGAUCGUCCAGACCAGACGUCCCGACGGGCCUCCGGCGGUCUUCAACUAAAGGUGGACCCUCCAUCCGCGGCUUCCCGACCGCCCCUUUGAAACCUGUGACACACCUGCCCUCUCUCUGUCUCUCUCUCGUCUCUGCACUCACAGAGAGCGUUGAUGCCCCUCAUUUCAGUUCAACUACAAGUGAAAAACAAACCAACGAACAUUGCUUCGAAAGACGGCGUUUGUGGGGAGCGUGGCGAUGGAAUGAGGCGGCUGGAAGGGAAUGGAUGAGAACCACUCACACAAACACUCAUCACAUUCUGCGGACAGCGUGGGGAGCGGCGGGCACGCUUGCCUCCCACCCACCUAACCCCCCCCUACUCGCCUUGGUUUUCAGCAACAGGGGGUGAACAUAGCUGUCCGAAUACAGGCACCUGUCACGCAUCACUCUCAGCUCUCGUUCUGCUCAGAUGUUUGCUCGUCCGUUACAUUGUCAACUGAACCCCCCCCCCUCCCUUCUAGUUGCAGCCAUCUGUACAAUGAUCGUUCUGGACCAUUCUCAACGCAUGGACAGCUUUCCUUUCACAUUUGCUCUUUUUUUCUACUUCUCCUGUUUUCAAAUCUGCCGUACUGCAUCAGGACCGAGUGUGUGAUAUUGCCGCUCUUCUCUGCAUGUAUUAUUCUCUGUUACAAAAAAUAUGUACUGAAUCACAAAUACUAACAAUUCAUGUGAAGAAAAAGGAACCUAUUUAAUGUCACAUUCAAAACAAAGCUCCAUAUGUGACGAACAAACGCGCUGGUUGUUAAACUUUCUUUGUUUCUGCUUAUGUCGUCUCUUUUUUUAGGUGGUGGGGGUUGUUUUUAAAAGAUGUUUUUUGCUAACUGGAUGUACAUUCAUACUCUGUAUUUGAUACCCGGACACUUUUGCAUGCCUAGUUACUUCUGGAAAAGAGGAGCUGAGUUGAAGUGUAUGUUUUAUUAUUUUUUUUUUACAUCUGUAAAGGCAGGGAACCUGCGUUUAGUGGAAUCAAAAGCUUGAGUUUUGUUAAAACUUGAUGGGUUGGAGAAUGAUUCAUCCCUCCUUUUCAAGUGUUUUUGUGAUUCUUUUUUUUUUUUGUAUUUUCCCAUUGUUUGAUUUUCUGUAUGUCAGGCUUUCUGUGGAACCGACAAACUGCUUGUUUUGCACUGAGAAUAUCUCUCUCUCUCUCUCUUGGUGAAUUGUGGGAUGAAUUAACCAACAUUUUGCUGCUUCUCGCUGUGUAAAUAUGUCCAAAAAAAAGUUUCUUUGAUUCUUUUUGCAGCCGAACGAGUGAAAGAAGAGGGAGGAAAUGAGAUGACCAACCAAAGCAUUUAUUCGCCUCACAUCGUCGUCGCAACUGCACGGAUUAUUACUGUUUCUUUUCUCAUUUUAUAUUAAUUAGUUGCAUUUUUCACCUGCUUGUUUAACCAGAUGAGGAAAAUGGAAUAAAUGCUUAUAACAGGUUUCUGAAUCCAACGUCGUUUGGCAGCUUUAUAUCUAACGUUUCUUUGGCUGAAUAACAUUAUAAAAAAAAAAACAGGUCUGUGUGUAUGCCAGUACUAGACUGGGAGUUUUUUUUCUUUAUUUGAGGCAAAGCUUUUAUCUCAAACUCAGCACCUGGUCAGCCUUUUUCACCAGCACAUUAUAUUGCAGUGAGUCACUCCAGUGAACCCUUUAGGCCUUUUGGAUCUAUAGGAGCGUGCUGCUGGGACGCAUAUUUGUACGAGAUUUAAAGGAAGGUUGGACGGAACGGCAAGAGGAAAAAAAUAUAUAUCUGUUUGUUUUUAUGUUUGUUUAAUGUUUUUCUUUUUCUGAGAAGCAGUUCUCUUGACAGAUUGGACAUUAAACUGCGGUAAAACCGAUGCAGUUUAAUGAUAUAAAGGAGAAAAAAGCAGCAUAGCGUGAGAAAACAUAUUUCUUUCCUUUUUUUUUUUUUUUACUGUGAUCAUGAAGAUUUAAACUGGUGCACUUUGGUCACAACUGAGAAGAAGAUGUAUAUUUAUGUACAUAUGCCAAGUGUUUAAUUUCUUUUCUUGCUGAGGCCAGUCUCAGUGUGCAGUUUGUUAUAGCUUUCCUUGGCUUUGUUGUAAUGGGGGGGGGAGAAAUGCAAAAAAAAAAAAAGACAAUAAAAAAACCACAUGUAUUCUGAAAAUGCUCGAUCAAAACCAACUGUCUUGGUGUUUGUUGUUCGACAUUGAAUCGGUUUGAAUGUUUCAUUUACUUCUGGGGAACUUAAAUAGCUCAAUAAUACCGUUAAUACUGUCACUGUUGUAACGUUUCUGUUGAGAACUGAAUAUCGUGUCUGAAUAUUGUAGAAAUCCAGAAAACAACGUAGCAAAAACAAGCAAUAAUUUACAGUUGUAUAAUACCAGUAUGUGUAUUUUACAUGUUCUGUACCUAUUUCUCAGACAUGGUCUCUCUGUCUCUGACGGUUAUCUGCUUCUAUUUGUGUAGUAAGAAAGUCAUAUGUUUCACAUAGAAAAAUACAUAAAGACUCCUUUUUAAAA